CUAUUGCAAUCUCUUUCAGACCAGUGUGUGGUUUGGGUGUGUUUGCAUGCGUGUGUGUGUUUGCAUGUGUGUGUGUGUGUGUAUGCGUGAGAGCGAGUUUAUGUGUGUGCGAUGAGUGCUGCUGUGGUCCUGGAGGAGAUGAUGAUCAAGCGCUCGCAGCAGAAGAAGCGCACGUCGCCGCUCAACUAUAAAGAGCGCCUGUUCGUCCUGACCAAGGCCAGGCUUACCUACUACGAGGGAAGAGCGGAGAAGAGGUUUAAGAAGGGCUCAGUGGACAUACAGAAGAUCAGAUGUGUGGAGAUUGUGAAGAAUGGAGGAGUGACCAUCCCCUGCCAAAACAAAUACCCAUUUCAGAUUGUUUACGAUUCCAACACUCUGUAUGUUUUUGCCCCAACCAACGAGAGCCGAAGCUUAUGGGUGCAUUAUAUAAAAGAAGAGAUCAAGCACAACUCUUUCAUUUUGGCGAAGUUCCACCCUUACUUCUGGCUGGAGGGAACGUGGCUUUGCUGUCGGCAGACUGAGAAACUGGCACCAGGCUGUGAGGAAUACAACCUGCAAGGAGACAUUUCAAGAAAACCACUACCUCCCAUUCCUGGUGAAGAGUCCACCAGCGAGGGCCGUCGUCCGCCCCCUCCCCCUCCGCCUCAAGAGGAAGAGCAGGUGGAGCCCAGGGAGGAAGUGGUCAUCGCCAUGUAUGAUUUCACAGGCACGGAAAACCAUGACCUGCCACUCACACGCGGCGAGGAGUACACUAUCUUAGAGAAGUGUGAUGUCAACUGGUACAGGGCACGUAACCAAUACGGGGAAGAGGGAUACAUACCUAGUAACUAUGUGGCACAGAAGACGCCAGACAACCUCGACCAGUUUGUAUGGUUCUGCAAGAAUAUAAACCGGACCAAGGCUGAGGAGACACUGAAAAAUGAGGAUAAAGAGGGUGGCUUUAUGGUCAGAGAGUCCAGUAGCCCAGGAGCGUACACUGUGUCGUUAUACACAAGACCAUCAGGGGAUGGCCUGGCUGUUGUGAGGCAUUACUACAUAAAGGAGACAAAAGGGACACCGAAACAGUUCUACCUGGCUGAGAAACACCUGUUCAAUACCAUACCUGAAAUCAUUGAAUACCACAAACACAACGCUGCAGGACUGGUGGCCAGGUUACGUUACCCUGUUGGCAAACAAGGAAUAGAGGCUCCUACCACAGCAGGAUUCAGCUAUGAUAAGUGGGAGAUUAACCCAGCAGAGCUGACGUUCAUGAAGGAGCUGGGCAGUGGGCAGUAUGGAGUGGUGCGACUGGGCAAGUGGAGAGCGCAGCAUAAAGUGGCCAUCAAGGCCAUCAGGGAGGGAGCCAUGUCUGAGGACGACUUCAUUGAGGAGGCCAAGGUCAUGAUGAGGCUCUCCCAUCCCAAGCUGGUCCAGCUGUAUGGAGUAUGUACUCAGCAGAGACCCAUUUACAUCGUAACAGAGUUCAUGGAGCUAGGGUGCCUACUCAACUUUCUCAGGCAGCGGAGAGGCAGCUUCAGCUUUGAGGACCUCCUGAGCAUCAGCCUAGACGUGGCUCAGGGCAUGGCCCACCUCGAGGUCAACGGAUUCAUCCACAGGGACCUAGCUGCAAGAAACUGCUUAGUGAACGACUCAUUCGUAGUGAAGGUGUCCGAUUUUGGGAUGGCAAGGUAUGUCCUCGACGACCAGUACACCAGCUCCAUGGGCUCUAAGUUCCCAGUGAAGUGGUCUCCCCCAGAGGUCUUCAACUUCUGCAAGUACAGCAGCAAGUCUGACGUCUGGUCUUACGGUGUGUUGAUGUGGGAGGUAUUCACAGCGGGGAAGAUGCCUUUUGAACAGAGCCAGAACCACGAGGUCGUUCUCAUGGUGACCAAAGGUCAUCGCCUGUACCGACCCAAGAUGGCCACGCCCCCCAUUUACGAGAUCAUGGAGGAGUGUUGGAAGGAGCAACCUGAGGAACGCCCACCCUUCUCAGACAUCUGCCUCAUGAUCACUGAGGCACUGGAGCACCUUCAUCCUGAUCAGCCAAUGGCUGCCUUGAGCAACUCCCCAUGAGGUGGGCCCACCUCUCUCACAGGUCACUGAUUGGACAGUGUGAAAGGAUUCCCGCCCAGGACUGACCAAUGAGAGUCUUGAUAAGUCCUACCCGACUGAAAACAGCUAUCCUCUGAGCAUGUGACUGGACAGAGAAGUACCAUGAAAAAGUCAUACUUAAGCAACUUCUCCAGGACCCAGCCCCACACAACUGCACACAAACACACCCAACUACACACAAACUACACACAAACACACACAACUACACACAAACACACACAACUACACACAAACUACACACAAACACACACAACUACACACCAACACUUACAACUACACACAAACACACAGAGACUUCAUACAGACUUGUUUGCAUACAGAUUCUCUAUGAGCAGUGGUUCACAACGUUCACAAACGAUGCAGGGCCACCUCUACAUCAGACCUCAGACUACCUAGACUCUGAUUGGCUGCUACACUGCCAUCCAGGUGGACUUGAAGGUGGAUUUAAAGGUGGACUUAAGGGAUCUCAGAUAUUCCUUUUUUUUCAACUGCUUACACACAAAAUCUUUGUGUGGCACAAUCACAUGUCACAUUUUGCAAAACUUUACACAUACUUUCUAAGACACAACGAUCAGACGCUGAACACUGCCAUUGAACACUUAAAGCACUGCCCUUCAAAAUGCAUACAUGUACCAGUUCCAAAGGAAGGCGUUGGUUGUGAUGUUGAUGAGUUGCUGUGAUAAGGUCCAAAUAGGAUGCUGGGUACGGUCACACCAUCUCAUUUUAUAUGACCAUGUAAAAAAAAAAAAAAUGUCUAUACUUUUUUCAUAGUCUACUAUAAAAUAUUGUGGAUGAUGUGUUUCCCUACUGAUCACUUUGAAAUGCUGUUUUGGGAAUAGAUUGUACUGUGAGAUGUCUCUGUUACAGUAUUGUAACAGACCUCUGCUGUUUAUUUAUGAGUUGACUACUGAAAUAUAUUUCAAUUUGCUGUAAUUAACCUUUUUUCUGGCAAACUAUUUUGUAUUUUGUACAUUCUAGCGCUGAAAAUGAAAGGCACACUCCGUGUGUGUGCAACGCAGUGUUUCAGAUUGAUCACCCUAGCGUGUACUUAAUGAUUGGAAAAGACAAACAUUAUGAAUAGUUGUGUUCACAUUUCACACAAAAAUUGGAUUUUGAAAAGGCAUUAUUGAGUUUUGAAUGGCAGUGUCUCAUUUUGCAGCUAAUUUGUAGUGUGAAGCAUUUUGUGUGUGCAGUUUUGUGAAUUGUGUUAAGAGUUUUGAAAACAUGUGUAAGCAGUUGUAAAAAAAACUGUAGUAGUAGCUGUUGAGAGGCUGACAAACAGUCGAUAUUUUCUUGCAGUCUUUCAGUGUUGCUUUGUGUCAUAUCCUGUCUCAGAUGAUAGUUUCUGUCAUUUCAUCAUACAACGGAACCAAACACAUUCAGCCAGACUGCUGGUAUUCUUGGUAAUCUCACCACACUCGCAUACCAAGGAUGGCUCUCACUCAUAAACUCCAAAAUCUUGACAGCCAAUGACAGCAGGUAUUCAUUUUUCUCAGUGGUCAUUAUAAAGAAAUAUCAGACCUCCGAACGUUGGGGUGGCCCAUUCACAUCAAUGGAAAUUUUUUGCAACAUUCUGAAUAAUACAAUUUAGUAGAUUGCAGAGGAGAAUGAUGAUUUGUCAUUGUUUAGAUUUUAGAUUGUUAAGAUUAUAAAUCACUCAUGAUGCAUUAUAGAAAUAUAUUUUUGAAACAUGAAUCAGUUAUAAACUGUGUUCUUUGGAUCUAGAUUUGUAGCAUUUUGAAUUUAGUGUACAUUCUCUCUCUCUCUCUCUCUCUCUCUUUCUCUCUCUCUCUCUCACACACACACACACACCCUGACUUAACUGGCAUGAGCUAUGAAUGAAAGGGCAUACACAUGCACACAAGCACACACACACACACCUGACCUUUGAUAUCUUGAUCACCAUUCAACAAAACACUCACACACACAUGGAGAGGGAGAGUCAUGUUGCAUGGCAGUGAGAAGUCAUUCAUCCCUUAAGGCAGUGGUCAUGUGUGUGUGCGUAUGUGUGUCUUUCCUGUCACAGCCAAGAUCACCUCCAAGGUAAGAAGCUAUAAGCGUUUGUUUUACUCAUGAUAUAGAUAUGUUGCCAAGGGAACCAUCAAAAUGUAUGGCAGGUUUUUAGUGAGAAACUGUUGAAUCAUAAUCUCGCUCAAAUUAUGCACUGCAUGUAUCAAGCCUAAACAGUUUCAGUGUAUACAUACAUACAUACACAGACACUUCAUUAAACUUCACUUCAUUUAAAAGUUUCAGGUAAGGGUCGAAAGUAGAACUCAAGCUGAUGUGUGUGUGGGCGUGUCUGUGUGUGUAAAGAUUACAGAGGAACUUAAAAGGAAACAACUAUUUCUGUCUAUGAUUUGACUGGUUUCACAUGUGCUUCUAAUGGUUUCUGUCAGUGU